AUGUCCGACCCAAAACCCGAUGACCCGGUGGUCGAGGCACCCAAGGCUGAAGCUGGGUGCAUGACGCACCACGUUGGUUUCGUAUCGGUGAAGCUCCCGCCGUACUGGCCGGCUGACCCUAUGGUGUGGUUUGGCCAGGCAGAGGCCCAGUUCGCUACGCGGGGCAUCACAGUAGAGGAGACUCGAUUCUUUCACAUCGUCUCCGCCCUGCAACCCGAAAUAGCGGUCGAGGUACGCGACCUCAUAAUCACUCCGCCCGCAUCUAAGCCUUAUACUACGCUUAAGGCUGAACUUAUCAAGCGGACCUCCGCCUCCGAACAACGGAGGGUACAACUCCUUUUAAGCGAGGAGGAACUUGGGGACAAGAAACCGUCUCAGCUGCUGCGCCGUAUGCGCCAGCUCUUAGGAGACCGGCACCUCGAGGAAGGCAUCUUCAAGGAGCUUUUCCUGCAGCGCCUACCCCCAAACGUCCGUGUCGUGCUCGCCGCUUCCGUAGACGCUGUCGCACUGGAUGCACUGGCAACACUGGCAGACAGAAUCAUGGAUGUUCACAUCCCUCAAAUUGCCGCCGCUGCACCCGUACCACAGGCCGCGCCGGUGGUUGGUGUUUCUACAGGCAACCUCUCCCUGGAAGAGAAAGUGAACUCUCUUGUUGCCGCGGUUAGCCAGCUCCAGGCACGAUUAGAGCCGAGAUCACGCCCUGCCUAUCGCGGAAGGAAUUCCGGGCGCAAUCCCAGUCAGAGCCGCGAGCGCAAACCUGUUGGUGACUUGUGCUGGUACCACCAACGCUUCGGUGCCCAAGCGCACAAAUGCAUCCCGCCAUGCAAGUCCGACCGAGCGGAAAACGCGCAUCCCGGCCAGUAG